GGCAUAUCAGCAGAGUGCCAGUUUGGAGUGUUCACUGCUGCAGUAAGCUUAUGGGUUCAGAGACAACUUUCCAGGCUGCAGAGUAUACCCAGUCCUUUGUCUCUCUCUUUUUAUCUAUUUACUUUUAUCUAAUUCAUUUUAUUUUAUUUAUUUAUUUAUUUAAAAUUUUUUUUCUCAGUGACUCCAUCGCGAUUGACGAUUCAUUCCCAACCGCCCUCGAGAAUACUCCCGGUCGUCCCCAAGUCGAACAGCAUACAAGCAUGGAAUGGUGGGUGACUGCUGUGCUGAGCGCGUUGCUGUCCUUGAUUGCCUACCGCAAGCUGGCUGGCCCUUCUGCACAUCCAAAUGAACCACCAGUGAUCCCGACAUCCAUUCCCUAUGUCGGGCAUCUCGUUGGAAUGAUGCGCCAUCGGAGCCUCUAUUACUCCAAGAUAAGGUGGGUGCGCAGACCAGGCACGCGAGUGAAGCCAUGUCCUAACCGUCGCGCGCAGCUCCAACCGUUCCGAGGGCAUCUAUACCCUUCGUAUGCCAGGGUCGACGACCUAUGUGAUUACCUCGCCCGCACUCGUUGCGGCCAUGGACCGCAAACACAGGGCCAUCUCAUUCCAGCCGUUCGCAGUCGAGUUCGGUAAACGGGUUUUCUCCAUAGCCCAUGGCAGAUACGAAGAUGUGCUGGCUGCAGACGAGAAAUGCUUGCACCAGUCCCUGACGCCGGGAGAAUCUCUUAAUUCGAUGCUUCGAGUCUCGCUCGCAUCGGCCACCAAGAUGCUUUCGUGCGACAGCUCUUUCGUGGAGGGUGUGAAGGGCCGGGCUUUUGACCUUUCCACAUGGGCUCGUCAUCUCAUGACACGCAUCACCACCGACGCAGUGUACGGAACCCGUCACAAUCCCUUUGGGGACCCGGAAGUUGAGGCUGGAUUCUGGGCCUUUGAGGAUGGCUUUUAUUUGUAUCUUGGAGGCAUUUCCCCUCGCAUCCUCGCACCCGCCGCCAGCGCGGGUCGCCAAACCCUGUUCGACGCCUUCGCCAGGUAUCACGCUGUUGGUGGAUACAAAUCGGCGUCUCGGCUUGUACAGGCGCGCUAUGACAUCCAGGGGGAACAGGGGCUCGGGGUCACCGAGUCCGACCUUGCUCGGCUUUGCGCGUUGAUUUCAUUCUCCUUUCUCUCCAACACCGUGCCGACGGCCACCUGGGUCCUGUGGAACAUCUACUCGAACGACACACUGCUGGCAGAGGUACGGUACCUGCUCGCAACGUACGUGCACACGUCUUCGUCGGGCGGCAAACCGACUCGCACCCUCGACAUCUCACGGGUUAUCAAAGAAGCUCCGCUGCUGACGUCCUUGGUCCACGAGACGCUUCGGGUCCAGACACAAAACGCGACGUUGCGCACCGUCAAGGAAGACGUCUGGCUCAACGACCAAUGGUUCUUGCGCGGCGGUUCCCGCCUGCUGGUUUCCCUCAGCCAAAUUCACAACGACACUGCCGCGUGGGGCGAGUGCGCCGGGAACUUUGAUCCCAAACGGUUCAUCCGCAGUGACACCAUGUCUGGCAAGUUCCCGGGUCCGGCCUACCGGGCGCUUGGCGGCGGUGGGACGAUCUGCUGCGGCAGACACUUUGCCGUCCAGGAGAUCAUUGUGGUCAUAGCCAUCAUGGUGCUGCAGUACGAUUUGAAGCCCGACGGCGAGCAGUGGACGCUGCCGGAGCGUAAGCCGCACAUUGCGAAAACACUCGUUUUCCCCGACGGCGUGCGCGUUAUGCUUUCGCCACGGGGGGAUCUCGAGGACAGCGAGUGGCGAUUUACCUUUUCAUAAUCGAAUCCAUCUGCAUGCACAUUCUGCCAACGCAUCACUCGUGUAAUUGCUCUUCGCAGAUCAACGCAUCCUGGGGGAUACAGCCGAGUUACCUUGCGAAAGCAGUUCCUGUACUGACAACCCCCCCACAGAAGACAAUACCCUAGGAGGUCUUGGCGUAGGUCUUGGCGCCAAGGCGGUUAUCAAUCAUAUGUUUAAACUGACCCUAACUAUUGCCUUUUUUGGAUUAGUCACUACAGCAGUAUUUAACUAACUAAUAGUUAACUGUUUUCUUUUUUCACAUGC